AUGUCUGAAUCUUCAGUCGCAUCCUCGACCUUCAGUAGGGCUAGUGCCCACGCGCUCAGCUUCUCUUCUGCAUCGUCCGCUUCCUCUCCAUUCAGUGGAGCUUCCCGUGUCGACCACAACGGCUUCCUCAGCUCCUCUCACCGUGCGGGUGGGCCAGUCUUAGCUUCUCUCCCAGCGUUAACGACAGAGAACACGUUUACCGAUAGCGCAGUACUGAUCCACGCGCGCGCUGAAAUAAUCCUGGAUAAUCUCGAGCUCGAGUACUCCGUUGUGAUUCUAAAGGGCCGCAUAUCAAAAGUUGACCCUGAGCCUGGGCCGAUCCCUACCCUCAUUGUCCUCAUGCCGGACGUCCUACAACCUGUACUCUGGUAUGAAGCUGCUAAGAAGAUUCAUCGCGAGUUAGAGCCCCAUAUACCUCGAAUCUCAGUCGAGAUUAUCGAAGAGAAGCUUUACGACGGAAUAUACUGCUUCCCCGUUGAGCAAACCCACUCCAUUUACCGCAAAUGGAGGACAAUCGCCGAGACCAUACUAAUGAAUAGGAGUCUGAAUAUCCAAGAGUGGACUAGCAUCGAAUGCUGGCGAUACGGGACCAAUCCCGAUAGGCGUCUUAACCCUGUUACUAUAAUAGUGGAGGUUGAUAGGAGAUCUACCGAGUCUUUUAUCACCGCAAGCCAGAUCAUUCGGGGUAUGCUUGCGUACUAUCAGGAAUCUAGCGUCGAUAUCCUGUUCAUGAAGGACGGAAAACAGUCCCUGAUGGAAAAUCCCAUUCUGAAUUCCGAGACUUGCAGUGGAGCCGUCUAUCCUGGUGUCAGCAUCGGUAUCCACGGUAGUUCGGCUGGAACAUCUACACUAGGUGGUAUUAUCCAACUACGGUUGCCUAACGAAUCCGAAUGGCGUACCUAUGGAUUAACUUGUUUUCACGCCGUUUGGCCCCCAGAAGGGAAGCGCUCGCAACAGAUGUUGCAAAGAGGAGCAAAUACCGCACUUGCAUACUGGGAGUAUAACCCUCUCAAACUCAAACCGUCCAGCGACAUUGCCCAACAGGUAUUGAAAGUUGACCACCCAUCUUUCAGAGAUAUUCAGCAUACCCUCACCAUAAUAGACAGUGAUAUCAACAGCUCGAAAACCGAAGAGUUCCUCGACUUUGAAGCGACUCAGAAAGCAAUUGAUAAGGGAGAGGACUUGUGGAUUCCGGAAUCUGCCGCCAGGCGCUAUCGGUCAAUAGCCAGACAUAUCAGAUCCCUUGAAGCUACGCGCCAACCAUUUGCGGCAAUGCUCGAUAACGGAACUUACUACCUGGGGUAUGUUGCUGCUGGAAGCGGCUUAUACAGGAUCCAACAGAAUGAUCUAGGCCAGCCAAUUUCUAUGGACUGGGCCUUGAUAAAAAUCACGUCCGGUCGAAUACAGGCACAGUUAAAUGGCGACGAGAUCGACGGUAAUCGGCCUUUCCAUUCCGGUGCCGCUAAUUUUACCCCUCCCGCUGAAUUCAUCUUCAACCCUGGACUACAGGUUUAUUCCAGAAUGAAACUCUAUAAGACCGGUCGAUCGACAGGAACCACCUACGCUUAUUACAAUGGGCUCGUGUCAGUAGAUAUCUGUCUGCAGAAAACGGCGCAUGGUGUUCAAAAAGUCUUCACAUGGGAACACACAGUGACGGAACCAAUUUCUCAUGCAUUCGCAGAGCCGGGCGAUUCUGGCUCAUGGGUGUAUACGCCUGCCGGAGAGGUCUUCGGGGUGUUGCACAGCAGAGAUAUGCGCAAGGGCACAAUGAGGAUAGCCUCCAUAGUUGAUAUCUUCAAAGAUAUCAAAAGGCUCACCGGCGCUGCCGAGGUAAGAAUCGCCCCUUGCCCUAUCUGA